AUGACAAUUGUUUCGACGCAUAUUAGUGAAAGCUUCAAAAUGACGGAUCCAGCAACAAACACAGAUGAUUUAGAAGACGGAGAAAUAGAAAGUGAUGGUGAAGAAAUCAAUGAAGUACAAAAAGAAGAAAAGAAACAAGAACCCGCGGCAGAAGAUGAAGGUAACAGGGGUCAAGAUAAAACAGAUACACAAAAUUAUUACCAUUCAAAAUCAGGUAAGAAAAAGAAAUCAAAAUCUAAUAAAAGUGAACAAAAAAUUAAAGAUAAAAGUAAAAAAAGUCGAAAGUAUGCGGAUUCAGUCGAGGAUGAUUUCGCUGGUAAUAUUGAAAAAGCAAUAAGAAAAGCAAUGAACAAAGCUGACGGUAAUGAAACACAACCUGACGAAGAUGUAGAGGAACGACGAAAACAUAAGAAACGUAAGAAAUAUGACAGUAAGGAUGGGCCAAGUAAAAAACGCAAAAAGCAAGAUUACUCUGAUGAAAUGGACGAAAGCGAAAUGAUGUGUGUAAGGGGAGCUUCGCCUGUCCAAAAGCAAUCUCCUAACGAAAUGUAUCAAGAUGAUGAUAGGGAUUCAUAUGACUCCGAAAGCAGUCACGAUUCCCGAGGUCAUCAAUCACAUCGACAACAAAGACAUAGGCCGCCUCAGCGCGAGCGAAAUAAAAAUAAAAAUGAUAGGAGAAGAGGGGGAGGGGCGCACCCAAUGCAAGAUCCCGAUGGUGUCUGUUUAUAUUAUAUGCAAGGAAAAUGUCAUAAAGGUGAUGAUUGCAUUUACUCUCACGAUGCUCAACCCCCAAGAAAAAUGGAAUUGUGUAAGUUUUAUCUAAUGGAAUGUUGUGCAAAAAGAGAUAAAUGUUUAUAUAUGCAUGCAGAUUUUCCAUGUAAAUAUUACCAUACUGGGCUUCCUUGUAUAUAUAAAGAUGAUUGUAAAUUUGCACAUGGUAAACCAUUAAAUGAUGGUUUAAAAAACAUAUUGCUAAAGCAUAUUGAAUCAGCGCCUAAAGAGAUUUUAGGGGAUUUUCCCAGGUUAAAUAGAGAAGGAGCACUCAAAAUGAUUCAAACUACACAACUGAAGUUAAUGCAACAAUUCUCAGAAAGUACUGAUAAUAAUCAAUCAAGGAAUAAUAUUCCAUCGCUUUUUGAUUUAAAUAUACCGAAUCCACAAAUUAAUUCUGAUGCACAUCACGGUAAUCAAUUUAAUAAUGAAAGACAGACAAAAGUCUCGCCUAAAGUGCGACAAUCGCGGUGGCAAAAUGAUUCGAGUCAAAAUUCAAGUUUAUCUCCAAAUAAUAGCAAUAUGGGUAACACAAACGUUUUAAGUAUUAAAAAUUUAACCGGUGUAUUAGCACCUCGACAAAUUUCGAGUCUAACUAAAAUGGGCAUAGAGAAUUUAGAUCAAUUGGGCCAAUUGACAGUAUUACAGCUAAAUAGUAUCGGUAUUUCUUUAAAACAAAUAACCGAAAUUCAACUCAAUACAAUGAGCAUACAAAAAUUAGGCUUAAUUAAUAAUGUAGAGCAACAAAAUCCUUUAUUAGGAUCUAACGCAGCUCCAAAAGAUCUAGAUUUGAGAGUACCACCUGCUGCGCCUGUACCGAAUAGUGUAGCGAUAUCCUCUGAAUUACCCGGGCAAGAUGUUGAUAUGCGUUUUCAACAUAACGUCACUGCUGUAAAUAAUGAUGAAUCAUCUAAUAAAAAUGCAAAAAUAGAUACAAACAUUAAGGAUAUGAUAGAUAUAGAUCAAUAUACAAAAGAUGCGUUGAAAUUUGCUUCAAAAGAUAAGGAAAAUAUCGAUAUCUCAAAUGAAUCCCUAGACGCCGAAAAGAGUAAUCCAUUAAACGAAGUAAAAGACGUUGAUCAUAGGGUUUUACCAUUUCCAGAUGAUGAUUCUAGUAUCCGUAGGUCUAAUGUUGAAGGAAAUUCAUUACAUAUUGAAGGUGAUACAGAUAUUCGAUUUUUACAGCCGGAACCGAUUUUCAAAAACCCCGAAAAGCGGAAUCGUCGCUCUACCACAGACGACGAUGAAGAUAAUAAUUUAUUAAUUGAUGAAAAAUGGUACUCUAGUGAUGAAGAAAAAGGUAAUAAGAAAAAGUCAUCAUCAUCACCUAGUUCGUCACCUCAAAAAGCUUUUAUGUCACCGCCAUCUUCUACACCUACAAUCGAGCCUUCAUCUUUCUUAAGUAAACUCGGUGACAUUUCAAAAAUUGAUAUUAGUGAAGAAGUCACUAAGUUGUUAAAUACGAUGAAGAAUAACUUGCAUGAAAACAAAGCAAGCAAUGAAGUACAAGAGCAAACUAUAUCAAGAGAUCCGCGAUCAAGACGUUCUCCUGUUAGAGUAAGUGAAAUUAAUAAGCCUCCUCCCAAAAAAUCAUCGCGUGUUUCUAUUUAUGAAUGUAUAGAUGGCGAACCAACGGACGGCCGCAGAAGAACCGAUGUUGAUUUACGACAAUCAGAUUAUAAAGUACCGAGUUUUGGAGAUACAGAUUUAAGACAGAAUACGAGUGGUGACAUUGAUCUAAGGUUAGGUUUACCUUUCAAACCGAUUCCUAAUUACACUCCUGCAUCCGAAAUUAAUGGAUCAAUAAAUAGUCAUCCGCCUAUCUCGUAUAAAUUAGUUCCAAUUCACAUACCUAGACCCGAUUACACAGAUAUAAGAAAUAGUACAGCAAAAUCUCAAGCUUUAACCGACCCUAGAUUAAGAAAAGUUUUUAGACUGUCAGUAGAUGAAUCGAAUAGUGAUAGUGAAAAGCCUUCUACUAAAGUUGUUAGUACAGCACCGCGAGUAGAUCCACGAAGGAAACCGAAAGACACUGUGGAAACCACAAAUCCAGAACCAAAAUCCAAUUCGUUAGAAUUACAAACUAUCCUACAAAAUUCUAAUUGGUACAAAGAUUUGAGUUCUACUCAGAAAAUUUUUGUAAACCAACACUUAGCACCUGUGACACAAAUGAUAAAGCAAUAUCAACAAGAAAAGUUACCUGGCCAAAAGUUCGACUUAUCUUCUAUACAGAAUAAUUCAGUUUUAGGUAGUAUUUUUACUAAUUUAGGAAUAUCUUUGGGAGAAAAUGGGGAAUUCGCUUAUUUGCCUAAGCCUAAGGAAGCUUUAUUAAAAACGCCUAUUAAUUUUAAUCAGAAUGCGAAUCCUUUCGCUAUGAACAAUAACAUGGGGGGCCCACCGGGACCGAUGGAAGGCAAUAUGAACAUGAUGAAUAUGCCGCCAAUGGGAAUGGGAGCUGGUAUGAACAAUAUGAAUCAUAUGCACGGCUUUAAUCAACCAAUGUCGGAUCCGAGAGGCGGUCCCACACCCGGUCUUUUGGGUAUCGCUCCAAAUAUACCUCAUAAUUUCAAUAACAAUAAAUUUGGAGCGCCUCAUAAUUUUGGGAAUAUGGGAUUCAACGGUCCGCCGGGAAACGACUACAAUUAUAUGGAAGGUGAUCAAAACUUUCAGCGGUUUCCUAACAGGGGUGGUGGUCAUCGAGGGCGAGGUAACGAUAGGUGGAAUCGAGGGUCUUCCGGCAGGGGUCACAGAGAACGGAAGAAUUUUAAUGAACGCGGAAAUUGGAAAAAUGAAAGGCAU